CACUUGGUGUGGAAAAACCACAUCUGCAGUUUUCUGGGUUUUUCUUUUUUUCUAUAUUUUAUUUGUAAUUGAUAUUACUCAUUUUGAGUUUACUCAUAUUUGCCCUUAAAACAUGCAUGCAGUAAGAUAAGAAUUAACAUUUAAAAAAACAACAACCUUGCUUCUCUUUUUUGGAAGAGUGGGCAAUGAAGACAUACUUUUAGUUUCCUUACUGUAAUAUAGGAAUGAUAACAGGAAAACGAUCACUGCAUGAAAUUGCAUCAUCAUUCUCAUUUUACAUGACUGAAUGCAGAAUUCUCCAUAUUUGUGUUUCAAUGGCUCAUUUGUUGCUGUAUAAAUAUUCUAAGCUUGGUGACCUUAAACACUGCUGCUUCUAUUCCCUUUAUAUAUUCAGGGCUGGAAAAUAUGGCAGCUAUUCACUAGUCUGAAGGUUGGACAUUGGCAGCUUGUAGAUCACAUAAUAAGGUUAUUAGUCCAAUCAUACUUUUAAAUUUUUUUUAAAUUCCAUUUAUAAUUUAGUAAAUGGUUUAAAAAUCCGAAUUGGAAACCUCUUAUUUUAUAAACCCAAACCGUGUUGUCAGUAGAUUAAUAUUUUAUUUGGUGGGAUUUACAGUAAAGGUAUUUUUUGGCAUUUAUUGCUUUUAGUUAUUUAAAACAGAGUUUAAAAAAAAAAUUAAAAAAAAACUUUUUUUAAAUAAUGACCUGGCAUUCUCUGGUGAUACAACAUUAAUAGCAGGGAGGUAUAAUACUGCUGGCAGUAUUAUAAUAAUGAAUACAGGUGUGGCAAUGUCAUCUUCAUUUACUCUCCUGUGGAUCAUUGUGUGGUAGCAGGGCUGAGAUUUUAUUACUCCUAACACGGUCUCUGCUCCCCCCUCUCUUCUACAAAUCUUCUUCCCAGGUAGUUGGAGAGAGAGAAUACUUUUACAGGCUGCAAAACUGUUUCAGUAUAUGGCCCUGUGCUGUUUAAUUCCAGCAGAGAUAUGAGUUUUUAGUUUUUUUUCCAAAUCUGUGUGUUGAUUCUUUACACAAACUAUUUGUUGCAUCUAAGCUCUGCUUUCCACUAAGUACUGUCUUCUUUUUUUUAUUCAGGUGCAGGUACAGCAGUCUCCCCAGCAACUCUCUCCCCAGCUUAAUGUCCAUCCAUCAAAUGAGCAAACCAUCCAAGUGCAAGUGCAAAUCCAGGGCUCUGCUCAAUCACAGACGCAGCAAAGUGCGCAAACAUUACAGACUCAGUCCCUGCAGAGCCCCGGCCCUUCUCAGCAGCUUUCCAACUCCCAGUUACAGGUGUCUCAGAUACAAGUGCAACACUCUGAUAUCCAGGAUGACCACAUACAGCACUCACAGAUCCAUGCACAACUGGCAGCAGGACAAUCUGUUGGUAGCGGAAUACAGAUUCAAGCUGCAGGAGCUCUAUCACCCCCACCAACCCAGCAAGGAUCCCCAAGGGAAGGGGAGCGCCGAUCCAGCACUUCCAGUGUUCUUCAACCAGUAAAAAAGCGUAAAGUGGACAUGCCUAUCACUUUGUCAUAUGCAAUUUCAGGCCAACCAGUGGCUGCAGUCCUGGCCAUUCCACAGGGUCAGCAACAGAGUUACGUGUCUUUAAGGCCAGACUUACUGACAGUGGACAGUGCUCAUCUUUAUGGGGCUACUGGGACCAUUACAAGCCCAACAGGAGAAACCUGGACCAUCCCAGUUUAUUCUGCAAAUGCCCGUAGUGAUCUUCAACAGCAGAAUAUAACCCACAUUGCAAUCCCUCAAGAUGCCUACAAUGCCGUCCAUGUAACAGGUUCUCCCACCACAGUAGCAGCUGUAAAAUUAGAGGAUGACAAGGACAAAAUGGCCAAAAACACACACGAGGAAGUGGUGCAGACUCUUGCUAACUCUCUGUUUCCAGCCCAGUUUAUGAAUGGAAAUAUUCACAUUCCAGUUGCAGUACAGGCUGUUGCAGGGGCUUAUCAGAACAGCGCACAAACUGUCCACAUAUGGGACCCUCAACAGCAGGCAUCUCUACAUGAGCAGGUUCAGCAGCAGCAUCAGCAUCAGCUGCAGGUAACCUGACAAGUGAGGGAUUUCCAUUAGCUGUUUUUACUUGCAUGUUUGAUCUACUUAGGUAAUUUACAUCAUACAAUACAACUACAAUCAGUCUUAAACAAAUAUUUACUUGUACGGGUGAAGAAGGUACAUUGGGAAUAAUGCACAAAUAAAAGGGAUGUACUUUACAAUUUUUAACAUGGGAAGGGCAAAGAUAGUGUUAGUUCAGUAUGAAACAACCCAGUUGUAAAUAAGACUUUGCAAUACCAAGACACUUAAGAAUAUUUAUAGACAUGUAAAGCUAGGUCCGACUUUAACCAAGAUGACGGUACUAUUUUAAUACUGUCAACAUUUCUCACGUGUCUGAUGGCAAGAAUUGUUUAGAAAAUACUUGUAUUUUCUAACACUAUAGGUUUAAAAAGCUGUUUAGCUGACCCAAGACACGCCGCUAAAGGCCAACUGAGUGACUGCCAUUAGAGGUGUUCCUAAGCAGUAAUAUAAACAGACUGUGGACAAGAGGACCACUACAUUAAAGGGACACUAUAGUUACCAGAACUACAGCUUAUUGAAUUUGUUCUGGUGAGUAGAAUCAUUAUCUUCAGGCUUUUUGCUGUAAACACUGUCUUUUCAGAGAAAAUGCAGUGUUUACAUUACAGCCUAGUGAUAACUUCACUGGCCACUCCUCAGAUAGCUGUUAGAGAUCCUUCCUGGGUCAUUGCUGCCUAAAAUGCAUCCAAACAUUCAGUGUCUCCUCCAUCUGCAUGCAGACACUGAACUUUCCUCAUAGAGAUUCAUUGAUUCAAUUCAUCUCUAUGAGGAAAUGCUGAUUGGCCAGAGCUGUGUUUGAAUUGUGCUGGCUCUGCCCCUGAUCUGCUUCUUUCGGUCUCAGCCAACCUUAUGGGGAAGCAUUGUGAUUGGAUCAGGCUACCACUUCUGCUGAUGUCAGGCAGUGGGCAGGUCAAAAGGAAACGGGACAAAACAGCUUCAGGCUUGAAUACAAGUAAGAUUUAUUAUAUUUAGGGAGGCAUGAGGAGACCAGGGGUGCUAGAUUGUGGUUUUAACCCUAUAGGGUCAAGAAUACAUAUUUGUGUUCCUGGCCAUAUAGUGCUCCUUUAAGCUAUAGUUAUUCUGGAGAUUAUUGUGUCCAUUUAUGUAAAAAAAUAAAUAAAAUAAAAAACAUUCUAAGUGUGCACAUGCAUUUUAAAGUUUAUUUUGCAAAAAUUCUAUAUUCUGUUGAUGCUGUAUAUUAUUUAGAAAAAAAAUAUGCAACUACAUGUAUUUGUGUAGAUGACGUCAAAACUAAUGGCUGUAUUUUGCCAUGGUUAAAAAAAUUAAAAUUUAAAUAUAUAAAUAAAAAUGAAUUAGUUGGUGUAUGUAGUAGAGAUGUCUUGUGCUUAAGUAUAAUUUAAUGAGUGGAAUAGGGAGCAGUUAUUCACUAUGUGUAGGGACACACUUGAUUUGAAGAAUAUUUCCAUUGCAGCAAUUUUUUCCCAAGUUUAAUAGUUUCUCAGUUACUGAAUAAACACCCGUGUCUGUGUUUUGUUCUUGCAGGCUGUCAGAGGGCCAUUUGUACAGGUCCAUUAACGGGCCACUAGUCCACAAAACCACUACAGCUAAUAAAUAGUCGUGUUUAGUCUGUAUUUAUGUACACAGAGCGAACAGUUCUGUGAACAAUAUAAAAACUUUACUUUAUUCAACAGUUUGUGAAUAGACCCCACUGUUUUCAAUAGAGAGAUCUCACAACAUAAAGGGCCAUUUUAUGUUGCUGAGAGUAACAAAUUUCCCUGCAUAACCCUGUUUGGGUUAUAAAUGCAGAAAGCUGCAGUGAUGCAGGAACAGUAAGUAAAAUACCUUCUUUUUUUAUUUUUUUGAACUCUAUUCUGUGGAGGGGCCUGGGACCAAAAUAUGUAGUCCAACACUAUAGUGUUAGGAAUAAAUGUUUCUAUUUCUUAGUAUGAUAUUGUUAAUUUUAAAGGGGCACUAUAGUCGCCAAAACAUCUACAGCUUAAUGUAGUUGUUCUGGUGUAUAUAUUAUUACCCUGCAGGCUUUUUUUAAAGGGACACUAGGAACCCAGACUACAUCAGCUCAUUGAAGUGGUCUGGGUGCAGUGUCCCAGGUCCCUUAACUCUGCAAUUGUAAUUAUUGCAGUUAUUGAAAAAAACGAAAUAAUAACCUGCUGGGUUACAGCCACUAGAGGGAUUUCCGAGUGGUUAGGCUGCUUUUGGUCACCUAACAGACGCUGGAUGUUCUCAGGCUAUGUAUGGGGACAUCCAGCGUCCCUUGAAACUAUAUUGGAAAGCAUUAUACAGUGCUUUUCUAUGGGGACAGUACUAAUGCGAUCGCCGCACUUGCGCAUAAGGUCCCCACGCCGGCUGACGUCAGCAGAGGAGGAGCCUGAACCAGCGCUGAGGGAAAUUGUUACAGAAGGGUUAUUUAAUUUUGUUUUCGUUUCUCUUUAAUGUACUCUCUCUUUACUGCCUAGGGACACCUCCUGUGGCCAUCACUCAGACGGCCACAGGAGGUGCUUCGUGGCUCACUGCUGCACAAUGUGCAGCACUGACUUUCAGCAUCUGCACACUCUGCAUAGAUGCGCUGAAUGUUUUUGUCCCUCCUUGAGGCAUAACCACCUAGCAAAGCUAGUGAGUAUGUGCCAGCCUCCCAGAGAAAUAUUUUGCCACGCUAAAAACGCUCCUGCACAGAAACAGCGUUUCUAGCCAAUCAGGUGAUCCGAACAGCUUUGCAGCUCGCGGCAGACUGAUCAUCUCAGAUUUUAAAAUGGCAACAUUGAUGGAGGACUCCAUUUCUGUGUCUGCCACAGAUAUGGUGGUUGUCUCUCCUAGAGACAGCCCCAUCAACGUUAGAAAGCUCCAUAAGAGAGCCUUCCUUGCCAGGGACCUAUCCUCUUCAUCUUCUAAGGAGGAUAUGGUCCCAGUCACCUGUAAAAAGAAAAAGGGCUGCCUUUCAUCGUCAAAUUUGGUGAUCUCAGCCAAGAAGCUGGGCCAGCCGCAACAAGAACCACGUGGCUCUGGAAAUAAGGUGAGUUUUAUACCUUUUAUGUGUGAGGGGGUUAUCUGCAUACUUAGAACUAUAGUGUCAGUAAUACAUGUUUGUUUUCCUGACCGUAUAAUGUUCCUUCAAGCCAAAGUUGUUUUGGUGCCUAUAGUAUCCCUUUAAUGUACAAAUGUAAACCGCUUUUAAGCUUUGUCUUCGGUUAUCUUUGUAUGCAGCUCUUGUCUGGUAACUUUUUAUUUAUCUCUUGCAUGUAUAUCAAGCUUUACGCCCCUAGUGAAUUUUUCUAUAUUUCUUUGUGGGUGUCACUGCUGUGGUUAGCCUCAUUUCCAACUUCCUCACUAUUUCUGCCAUAUAAACCUACAUACAUAGUGAAUUUUAGAGCAGUGUCUAAAUUCCAUGUUCUAGUUUUAUCUGAACUGAAAUAAAUCAAAUGCCAUCAACAUUCACCUCCAUCAAAUUAUGUAAUGCAUUAAUGUUAACUAGGUUUUUAUCCACCAAAAUAGCACAAAUGGUUAUAAAAAGGCAGAGUUUACAUUGAAAGGCCUGCAGGGACACACUAUAGACUCCAGAGCCACUAUAUUAAGCUGCAUUAGUUCUGUUAACUAUAUUGUCCCUUUAAGAAUUUUAUUGUUGUCAUUGAAAAAAUACUGGCUCAUAACUUUUUUUUUUUUUUAUUUAUUUUUUUUUAAGCUUGUUUCUCGAUUUGAAAUCAAAUUUGUCAAGCCCUGUGCUAUAUGAAUGCCAAUUUCCACUUACUAUGUUCUUGAAUGUUUCCUGCCUAUGACAGCAGUCCUCAACUUUCAUUAUUUUAUGACUGUGUUAGUCAACAUAAAUGUAUGCAUAGAUCGUUUAAAGGGACACUCUAAGCACCAUAAGCCCUACAGCUAAUUACAGUGGAAGCAGUCUUUAGGUGCACCCUUAGUGGUAACAGCCAAACUUUCUGGGGUGAAUCGUGUUUAGUUUCCCUUUAAAACUAGUAUUGUUCAUUGUGACACAGUUGGUAUGAAAAAGAUUGCCUGGAGGAACAAUCUUAAUUGCAUGUUUGUUGUCUGACAGUUAUAACUUUCUUUUCUUUCUCUGCCCAAACCACAAAACGAAACACCCGUAGUACCUAUUGCUCCGUACAUGUUGAUUAGCGUAAAGGUGUGUCCAGUGUGGGCAACCACUGAGUAGCUGCUGUUACCUGUUCUGACAGUAAUGCAGUUUGCCUAUGAGAUAUGUAAGAUGUAUUUUUCUCUUGUUUAUUGAUUUUGCUAGAUAUUCAUAUAUAUCAGCAAUGUCCAGAUUUAAUGAUUAUUGUUAAUUUAAAUGGAGACUAAAGAAAAUGCUACUUUCUCAGUAAGCUGACAGCAGCAAUACCACAGCUGCUAUCUCUAAGCUCCUUUAAAAUCAUUGCAUCAUCAUGUGUAAAGUUAUUCUUUAAAAGACCAUCUUAACAUCAGGAAUACAAUCCAACAUACCCAAUGUUUUAGCGUUCCUGUUUGUAGAAGGUGUGCCUCUUCCCCAGCACAGAGGAGGCAUGACUAUACUAUAUGAUAAUCCAGUCCAAUAUAACUUAUAGAUGAACAUUGGGGACCUGAUGUUCAUCCAAUCUUCUUCUCCAUGGGAAAACUUAAAAAGGUGUCUUGUGGUAGCUUCUGCAUAGUAUGACCACAUUUUAUUGUUCGUACUGCGGUAGCACCUCUAGGAAGACUAGAAACAACCUUAAAUAUUUUAUAUUCCUGGCUUCAUAGGACAGUGCCUACUGCAUUAAAAUCCUGUAUAUAAAGGCAUGUUGUAGAGGGGCCGGAAGUGCUUCUUGCUCUGUAAAUUAGAAUAAAAAUCUCCUUUUAACAUUUUUGAAAGGCAUUCAUAAACUUGUUUCAACUUCAGACUUGUCAUAUUGUAACAUGUUGAUAUAGUAGAAAAUGUAUUAUAUAGUACAUUUAUUUUUGCUUAAUGUAGUUGUUCUAGUGAGUAUAAUCAUUAUAUGCAGGCAUUUUCAUGCAAACACUGCCUUUUCAAAGAAAAGGCAGUGUUUACAUUGCCCCUAGGGACACCUCCAAGUGGCCACUCCUCAGAUGGCUACUGGAGGUGUUUCUUGGCUCAGGGCUGUACAGUAUGCAGCUCUGCCGUUCAGCGUCCCCACGCUCUGCAUUGGAACGCUCAAUUUUCCUCAUAGAGAUGUAUUGAUUCAAUGCAUCUCUGAGGAGUUGCUGAUUGGCCAAAACUGCAUUUGGCCCUGCCCCCUGAUGUCACCAAGGAGGCCGGGCCAGUUCUGGCGAACCCGCAUAGUGCUGGAAAUAAGGAGAGUUUUUCAUGCUUUUAAGAUGGGUAUGGAGAGGGACAAGCCACCUAAAUGGUCGGGGUUGCACUAUAGGUUCAGGAAUACACGUUUGUGUUCCUGACCCUAUAUUAUUCCUUUAAGGAAAUAGCACAUCUAAAGGAUUUAUUAAAAUCUGAUGUUUACAGCACAAAAUUUGAAUAUUCACGAAUGCAUAAAAAUACAGAAAUAGAAAUUGCACCUCAGCAUGACAAAUAAAAGCUCACCUCCUCGUAUGCAUCAUGGAUUCUUAUGAUUAAGUAUGGACAUUCCACACGAUAUGUGUGAGAUUUUGUUUGUCACGUUGAGGUGCAAUGCCUGUAAUUAUUUUUGUAUUUUUAUGGAUUCAUAAUAAAGCAAAUUUCAUAUGGAUUUGGACCAUGCUAUUUUAUUAACUGUGCUGUAAACAGUCUUCUUUAAAGAAAUUUUGUAUUGUUACUGUUGACCACGGUUCCGGCUCCAAAAUCAGCUGUCUUUUGAGCCUGCUGGAAGUACUAAACAGUGGAUUGCUGCAUUCGAAUUGCCAUAUACAAGUGAGGGUCUGCUACGUUUAUGUGUUGAAGACCAAAGUAGCUGAACUAAAGCAAAGCUGACUUGGAAAAUGUUUACAGUUAAACUGAUUUGGACUUUAAUUUGAAAUUUACUUUGAAUUCAUGAUUUUCACUUUCAUUUUCACUAGUAAAUAACUCUGCUUGUGUUUUACAUCCAUUAUUUUAAUAAUUAUGUCCUACCCUAUUACCGAAUCCACUCUCCUCAUAUUAAGAGCAUAUCUCCCCUGCAAAGUGUUACAAGGUGGAUGUUAAUGUAAACUUGUUUUUCACUGCUUUAUUUCUCCUGCAGACACAAAUUGCUGAUGUUGAGCCCCAGCCCCAGCCUUCCCCAGAACUAAUGCUCCCUAAUUCCCUGAAACCAGAAGAGGGGCUUGAAGUGUGGAAACACUGGGCACAAACAAAGAAUGCGGAACUGGAAAAGGAGGCUCAAAACAGAUUAGCACCCAUAGGAAGUAUGUUUGUUUUGUGGUUUUUCAAUUGUAAUUUUAUUUAUCAAGUUGUCUCAAACUGGUGGAAUAAUGGAUGGAAUGCAUUUACACAUGAGUUUUUUUUCUUUUCUUCUUAUUUAUCUAUUUAGGUGCAAGCAUACAAGCUUUACCAAUAUAUGCAUUCAUAGCGCUUUUACAAAAGUAUUUGAAAAAGUUUGCAUAUUAAAUCUCAUAAUGAAAACACUUUAUCAACAACAACCCAUCUUUACUGAUUGCAUAUCCUAUGUGUUAAGACCUUGAAUAUUCACAAUUGUAGAACCAUAGUCUGUAUUAAAAAAGUUAACUAAUUCCCGAUAAUACCGAGGGUCAGUGGGUUAGAUGUUCAGGUGUCCCGUUCUGUGCUGCUGUGUAAAGUGUUAUACUUUUUCCAUGGAGCCCAGACUUUAUGAAAUGUGGGUUAGGUUUUUCACCUGGCUAACUGUCUUGUUUAGCAAAAUCUAGGUAGUAGUCUUCUGGAUUAAGUUUGCUAAUCAUUGUAGCUCCAAGAAGGGUAUGAUCUCUUUAUAUAUAAUUAGAGGUAUCUUUGUAGCUUCAGGUCUUCAGUCCCCCUAACAUUCCAGCCCUCAUAACAAGCAAAAAAUGCUUGGUUGUGUAGUAGGAGUGUCAUCAGAGAGGGACAGCAAGCAUUUUAUAGCUACUGGAGGGAAUGACAGGACAAGUAGUCUGCAAAAGUGCCCUGGUGGACCAACAUGUAGAAUUGUGGUAAAUCUACUUCCUUAAAAAGGGAUUCGGUGUCCACCCAGGGUUAUCGUUCUUGGGGUGAGUGCCAAUGUAUUAUUUGUGCCAGUUGCACUGCUAGAUAAUUAAAGGAACACUAUAGUCACCUAAAUUACUUUAGCUAAAUAAAGCAGUUUUAGUGUAUAGAUCAUUCCCCUGCAAUUUCACUGCUCAAUUCACUGUCAUUUAGGAGUUAAAUCACUUUGUUUCUGUUUAUGCAGCCCUAGCCACACCUCCCCUGGCUAUGAUUGACAUGAGCCUGCAUGAAAAAAAAAACUGGUUUCACUUUCAAACAGAUGUAAUUUACCUUAAAUAAUUGUAUCUCAAUCUCUAAAUUGAACUUUAAUCACAUACAGGAGGCUCUUGCAGGGUUUAGCAAGCUAUUAACAUAGCAGGGGAUAAGAAAAUCUUAAUUAAACAGAACUUGGAAUAAAGAAAGCCUAAAUAGGGCUCUCUUUACAGGAAGUGUUUAUGGAAGGCAAGGGAGGUGUGACUAGGGUUCAUAAACAAAGGGAUUUAACUCCUUAAUGGCAGAGGAUUGAGCAGUGAGGCUGCAGGGGCAUGUUCUAUACACCAAAACUACUUCAUUAAGCUAAAGUUGUUCAGGUGACUAUAGUGUCCCUUUAAGUAUACGUGUGGUAGACCAACAGCUCUUAUUGAUAUUGGUCUAUAUUAUAGGUUACAUGCUACUCUGUGGCAUUUGCGACGUCAUAUAAAUUAAUUCAUUGCAUUCUGCAGAACUACUAAAUCUCGUCCGGUUACCUUAACGGGUAGUGAUUGAAAUAGAAAUGAAACUUGGUAAUAUGCUACUUUUCACCAAAUAAAUAUGCCCAAUUGAAGAGAACAGUUGAUCUAUCCAUUGGUCUAUCUCUCUGGUCAGCUUGUGUAGUAAAACGUGUAUAAUGUUGAGUCUGGUCAGCCGAUAUCUUAACUCCCUAAUAAGUUAAAGCUUCUCUUUCUAUGUGUAGUUGAUGGCUAACCUUGACACCAUACAUUGUUUCUGGACCACAUUUCCCAUGAUGCUCAGCUAGCUUUUAGACUCUAAAAGCUAGCUGAGCAUCGUGGGAAAUGUAUUCCAGAAACAAUGUAUGGUGUUAAGGUUAGCCAUCACUGAGCUGAUGUUUUGUGUGCACAAAUGUCGUGUCCACAGUUGAGUUUGAGGCGUAGCCACCGAUUUAGUUAGACUGAAUUUAUAGCCUCACAGUUCUCCAAAUGUUUUAAGGAGCUUGCUUAGAUGGUCUAGGUAUGUGAGUUGAUCAGCCAUGGUGAGAAAGAUGUCCUUGCAUACGCAGACACUUUAAAGUGGUUCCCAGCUGUCUUUGCACAUUUUGGUAUUUAAAUGUCGUAUAAUGUGCAAUAAGGGUUCCAGGUAUAUAGCAAACAAGAAAGGGGACAGCAUGCACUCCUUUCUUGUCCCAUUACUUAAUUUAAAUGGUGUUUGGUGACCACCGGUUAUGAGUCUUGGUGUGUAAAGUGUUUUAAUGGCCGUAAUGUAGUGUUUUGCAAAGCCCAAUAAUUGUAAUAACCUGAAACGGUAGAGCCAUUUCAGUCUAUCCAAGGACAAGACCAGAGAAGGCGUGUGUGCAUUAUGACAAGUAUUUUCAUAAAGUUGCCUCCUGGCAAUGAAGCCCAUUUGGUCCAGGUAUAUUUAAGGAGCUAAUGAGACACUUUCAUAAGAUCUUAGUGAAAAUGUUUGAAUGCAAAACUAUAUUAGCUAGGGCCAUAUCUUUAUGUGGUAUACCCCUUGCAUGAAAAAGUUAUAAAGGGUUUCUAAGUAAGGGAUUGUCCCGGAAGACUUCAAAACUGUCUGUUGCUUUGUUUUCUUUCGGCGCUGAUAUGGCAGCACUGAUUUCAUCUUGUGUAAUUGUUAAGUGUAGACUGUUAACAAUACACACAGAAAACAAGUAAAAAGUAGGCGCUCGUAAUAAAAUCGUCUAGAAUAAAACAGAACAACCUGUUAAUAUAAAAAAGAGCUGCACCAAAAACAAGUGUAAAACUCCUCCAAACACUUUAGUGAAUAUACUUAAAAAUAGUAAGGUGCGCUGUGUCUUUAAGACCCAAAAAUGUAUAAAGUGCAACUAAGUGCAAACAAAUUGAUAAAGUGCAAAGUGAUACAAAGUGCACUUAAAGUGUAAAAUAUCAAUAUAAAAUAUUAUACAUACAUAUGGCCUCUCGACUCCAAAUAUACAUAAAAAGGAAAAGAGACAUAAAAAAAAAACAAUAGUGUGAAACCGUAUUAAAAUGGUAGUAUGGAUAAUAAAUGCCAAAUAUUGCACUCACAAAAGUAGAGCAGAAUAAGCCUGCUCUAGCUUUAACAGCUUCUUCAAAUGUAGGACUGCAUAGACGAAAAAAUAUUCCAAAAUCUUUAUUGCCCAGCACAGCACCAAUAUAUCACCUUCCUCCACACUUAGUAUUCAGUUACAGAGCCUUCGGUAGCAUACAGCAUAAGGGUGUCGACCUGUCCCUCUGCGGUUUCGCCGCCGUAAUUGCCGUCUGUUGGCCGUCUGUUUCCGGAAACAGACGGCCAGCAACAUUUUAUCAGCGCCGCUGCAAAACUACGGCUUCUGGAAAGAUGUGGAAGAAAACCGAUAUUAGAUACAAUCUGAAACACGUCUUAAAAGCUAUACUUCACUAACUGUCUACAUGUUGUUUAAUAUAUGCGAUUUGUCCUUUAUUGUAUUGUCGAAAACUUUUAUAUGUAUAAUAUCUGAUAUUUUACUUUAUGCACUUUGCACUUAUGGCUUGUUUGCACUUAGUUGCACUUUAUACAUUUUUGGGUCUUAAAGACACAGCGCACCUUACUAUUUUUAAGUGUAGACUGUUAACAGUCUAUAGCAGUGAUGGCAAACCUUUUUGAGCCAGAGUGCCCAAACCGCAAUACAUGCCAACUUUUUUUCCCUCAAAGUGCCAACACGGCAAUUAAACCUGAAUACUGAGGUUUAAGUUUAGAAAAAAACUACUUGUACAGGUGUCCGAACUAAUUAACAUCUUUUGUUUUAAAAGAACACAAAAGAGUUCAAUGAUACAAAUUUUAAAUAAUAGAUCAAAUUAAGCUUAUAUUUAUUAGUAUCUCCAACAAAUGCAAUACAUACAGCCUGCUGACUACAUUCGCACACAGCCUGCUGACUACAUUCGCACACAGCCUGCUGACUACAUUCGCACACAGCCUGCUGACUACAUUCGCACACAGCCUGCUGACUACAUUCGCACACAGCCUGCUGACUACAUUCGCACACAGGCAGACUGAGGGGUGUGGAGUGCUGUGUGUGUGUGUGGGCGGGGUAAGGGAGCUGUGUUUUGGUGGGGGGUAUACUGUUUAGGGGAAGGGGGAGGUGGUGAAGAUACGUAAAAAAAUAAAUAAAAAUAAAAUAUAUAUGGACUAUGUAGCCAUCAGGUUCACAGUCAGACCACACUGUCAUGACUGAUCCAGUUUAACAUAAACUCACACACACACUUACAUUAAAUUGUAUAUCACAGAUAUACAUAACAUAUUCAAUGUAAAAUUUUAAUACGUAAUCUCAUCUCACCUCUGAUUCAGUGCUGUGAUGUAUUCACCUUUGUGGGUGUUAAUUCUUUUGUAACACCCUGUAUCAGUCCACCCACACACUGCCCUUUUUCCUUUCUUUUCCUGUUUGAAGAUGCUUCCUCAGGCUGGGAAAACCUCCAUGACACCAACAAACUGGCUUUAUUGCCAGGAUACUAGUGAUAUAAUUCUUAGUCCGCACUAACGGUGUUGGCUGGGGUGUUAGCAUAGUAACUGUGGUUGCUAUGCUUGAUAGGGCAGAAGGACUUCACAUAGCAAGUCUUUUUUUGCUCUCACUAUUCCUUAAUUCUUUGGCACAACGUUUAUGCCAAGCAUCUAUACCUAUUUCUAAAUCUUUUUUUUUUUUUUUUUUUAAACCUUCUAGCACAACAUAUAGAUAAAAAAAAUUUGUGUGUGUGCAUAAAGCUAUAGAGGGUAUCAGAUAGGCGGCACCAGUAAUAAAGUGCAAAGUAGAUAAAAAUAAUAAUAAUAUAUUCUAAGUGAUUAAAAGUCCAGUAGUAGAGUUAAAGAAUGUCUGGGGGACUAUAUGUAGAACCCAUAUAUCAGAAUAUAUUGAUAUUUUACUACAACCAUCCGUAAAACUCAUGAGAUCUUAUAUAAAAGACUCCAUGACCCUUUUAAAUUUUUUAGAUAAUUUUAAUUGGCAUCCUAAUUACUUACUAGUCACCUGUGAUGUACAAUCCUUAUAUACCAUCAUUCCCCAUGACAAAGAAUGCACAGCGGUGUACAACAGACUAAAAAAAGACGACAAUAUCCCAAAUGAACAAAUUAAUUUUAUUAUAGAAGGUAUAAAUAUUGUUUUAACCAACAACUAUUUUGGGGUUUCAGACUCCUUUUAAAUACAGAAACUAGGCACAGCCAUGGGAGCUUGGUUUGCCCCCAGUUAUGCUAAUCUUUUUAUGGAUGACUGGGAGUCCUUGGCUAUCUGGUGUGACCACCCCUGGAAGGCAAACAUAGUUACCUAUUUUAGAUAUAUAGAUGACCUGUUUUUUUGUUUUUGUUUUUAAUUCUUUAUUUUUUCUGUGCACAAGAUAAUACGGAGGUUCACAAAGCCACGACAACAUAGGCAAACAGUAAUAUCAAUGUAGAGCAUAUACAUGGCAUUACAAAGUGGCACAGUUUUUAAGUAUAUUAAUACACAGGCUAGUCACGUUUGUCUAUAUAGGAGUUACAUGAGUAAAAAUAGAUGCAGGCAUAAGACAAGUAACGAUAAAGACCUCGCUUGGUAUGUGUUGGCACGGAAACAAGAUUACAUAUAUACAUAGCAUGUUCAUUUUGUUUAGUUAUACUAGCUGAGCCAUUGAGCUCAAUAUAAACAGGGAAUAACAUACAGGCUUUUGCGGGCUAGUCUCGCUUAUCUGUCAGGGUGCUUAUACUGAAUCUGAUGCUCUGUAAUCUACAGUAUACGACAGUGACAGGUUAUGAUAAUUCCUGCUCUAGUCUUCGUAGUUAAAUGACAGACAGUAGGACAUGCAUGUAGGUGGCUGUACAGACUUAUGGUAGCCUACGACAAGACAUAAUAUCUGCCUAUAGGGAAUCAACUGAGAGACAAUAUGCAGUGCACGUUUUUAUAUUGUUAAAGAGAGCAAGAUAUAACAGAUUGUGAAACCACUGGCAAUGAUUAUUAACAAAAAGAAAAUAUAUUCAAUGGAAAGGAACUGCUGUGAUACUGUAAGCUAAAUGCUUAGGUAAGCUUAGUGUCUGCCUUUAUGUCUAAAUCUUGCGUUAGCGUGUGAGAAGUAUUUAAAGUUAACUGCAUAGUAUCCCAUAACAUUGGCAAAAAGUUGCCCCAAGUCAUAGAUAGAGUUCAGUGAUACUUGGGCUUCAAACCCGACAAGAUAUCAGGGUGUUCUGGCGUUAUCUGGUAUCACCUGGGGAAUGCGCCCACAUGGGUCUGUGAGCUGUGGGGCAGGGUGAAAUGCACUUCAGCCUAUGCCCAGUGUGGGAAUGUCUCGAUUGCUGGCACAGCUGGCCCCGGCAAUGGAGUCCCUGGGCUUGAUUCCGGCUCUAGCAGUAGUCAGCUAGGCUUUCUCCUGUGCGGCCUCUUGUAGUGCAGUGUGAUCCUUGAGAGGUUGCUUUGUGCAACUCUGGUCAGAGGUUCUUGGGUCUGAUGUGUUGCUAGCAGGUAGGCUUCGCUUGGUGCACAUGCUUCUUUGUAGGUGGGAGCGAGUGCAUGCGUUCAACUGGCAUGGCGCCGUUUCCCGCCUUGUCGAUCUUUGGUGUCUGCAUCGCCGGACGGCCGCUCUGGAUGCCCGAGGUUGGUGCCCAUAAUGGCGUCGUCGGGUAACGGGUCUCAUCCAGGAGGCUACCGCUUUCACCGCCUGGUGGUGGGCCAUUCCUCGCUCACAGAGCAUCGCCCAGAAGCUCUUACAAAGCCGGUUCAGAGCCAUCAGGGGAUGUGUUGGUGACUGGGUGCUCGUGUUUUUCAUUUUUGGCCCUUGCUUGGAGGCCAUUUUGGUUAUGCCUUGGCGGUCUUGUGCUCCCGCGGGCUGUGUAAUUGUGAGGCCCACCAGCAGUCCUGGUCCGUCUAGCCGGUGGGGACCGGGAUUACCCCGCCGGUCUAAAGGGGGGGGGGUGUAAGAUCAAUGAGGUCACUUGAUGGGUCUCAGUGUUGGGGAGAGUGGCCGCCUCUCCCCGUCUCCAUCCCCAGUAGGCCGCACUUGGCGUUUCGCGCCACCGGCCCCGACGGGCUCCAGAAAGGUGUCCCUCAAAUCAACCGGGCACCCCCGGCAUGGGUGGUGUAUCCCGGUGUGUUUUUGGGCUAUUUAUCUGCCAAUUUCACUGUGUUUUCUGCCCGUCGGACCGGAGCUCGCCUCACCCACGUCCGUACAGCUAGGUGGUCAGGCUCCGCCCCAGAUGGCCUGUUUUUUAUCUGGAAUGGUUCUGAAGAUACAGUAAGGAAAAUUUAUACAGUAUUUUUCGCUCCAUAAGACGCAUCUCACCAUAAAACGCACCUAGUUUUUAGAGGAGGAAACCCAGAAAAAAAAAAUAUUCUGAACAAACUGUUCCAUAGUGUUUCUUACUAUGGGACAGUUUGUUCAGAAUUUUUUUUUUCUCCCCUGGCCCAUAAUGAUCUUUAACCCCCCUUUCCUCUGUCCCAUAGUGAUUAACCCCUUCUACCCUGUCCCAUAGUGUUCUUUAACCCCUCCUCCCCUUGUCCAUUAGUGUUCUGAUCCCAUAGUGUCCCCCCCUCCCAUUGUUCCAUAGUACACUUUUCCUCCCAUAGUGUCCCCCCCUCCCCUUGUCCCAUAGUGUCCCACCCUCCCCUUGUCCCAUAGUGUCCCACCCUCCCCUUGUCCCAUAGUGUCCCACCCUCCCCUUGUCCCAUAGUGUCUCCCCUCCCCUUGUCCCAUAGUGUCUCCCCUCCCCUUGUUCCAUUAUUACUUACCUGUCUUGGAGCGUGGGCUGGCUUCACAGCGCGCUCCGCGGUCCAGGAACUUCUAUUUCAGGUUCCGGUUUCCGGCGGGACUGAAAGGAAGUGAAAUUGAAGUUCCUGGACCGCAGAGCGCGUUGUGAAGCCGGCCCACGCUCCAAGACAGGUAAGUCAGGCUUCACAUUCGCUCCAUAAGUGUCAGGAUCGUGACAGGGAUCCAAUACGCAGAGUGCGGACAGGAGGAGGUACGUAUACCAGACCUUAGAAUGGCCGGACUAACGUAUAGACAAGACAAGAAUGGUCAAAAGGUAAGCCGAGGUCGAGGGAGCCGGAGGACAGGUAAGCGAGGAACAAGCCGGGUCUAAGGAGAGGAGAGAGAAGCAGAACAAAAGUACAAGCCAGGUCAAAACCGAAAAACACAGAGAGAAACGCGCUGAGUGACUAGCAAGCUAGAACCACAACAGGGCAAUGAGCAGUAGUAUAAGCUUCCCUAAAAUACCCUGUCACCUAAUUAUGACCACGCCCCCAAAAGGUCCGGAAUUGCGGUUCACGUUGAUGAUGACGUCGACGAUUGGUCAUCGCGUCAUAAAAGGGGGAGGAGCUAGUGCGGCCGGCGCGAAAACGGCCGAAAAUGCCGAAAUGCUUGGGCAUAGGAGCCCCUUUGGAAGAGAGACUGACCUCCUCAGAGGUUGAAAUUACAGGUAACAUGACAAUAAGACGCACAGACAUUUCCCCUCAUUUUUGAGGGGGAAAAAAGUGCGUCUUAUGGAGCGAAAAAUACGGUACUUUUUAGACAUCCAAAUUUUUAUACAAAAUGGAACUGCAAAUACUAAAACAUUUUUUUUUUUAAAGUAUGUACCAAUACAGUUGUUGACAAAUCUAGCUGCCACCAUCAGCCAAGGCAUGAUGGAAUCCCCAAAAGUCAAUUUUUACGUCUCCCCAGAAACUGCUCCCUUAUGACAGGCUUUGAAGAUCAAUCCAAUACCCUUAAAGACAAAUUUAUCCUCAAGAAAUACCCUUUAGAAAACCUAAACAAAACCUUAGAAAAAAACUAAAAACCGAAAAGAUCUCUUAAUUUACAAAGUCCCCCCCAUCUAUGCCAGUCAUUUUUAACUUCAACAAAGAACGCAAAACUAUAAGAAAAAUAAUCACAAAACACAGGCACAUUUUAAACAAACUACUCCCCGACAAACCCAGUGUAAUUUUUAGAGGAGCCCCCAAUAUAAGAGCCAUCCUCACAAAAAAACUACACUAAAGAUCCUGUUAUUAACACCUCAUAAUUUAUCUCGCAAGUUAAAGGUUUUUAUAGAUGCAACAAAUGUAUAGUAUGUAGAACAACAGAUCCAAAACCACACACUUCACUUCUAACAAUACUAAUACCACUUAUCCUAUUAAAGAUUUCAUAAAUUGCAAUACAAAAAACAUACCUUCUAAAGUGCCCACGUAGUCUCCAAAACGUGGGUAUUACAUCCAAAUGCCUAAAAAUAAGACUAGCAGAACAUUGCCGCAACAUCAGCAAAUGAUUUCUCAACCAUUCUGUAUCAAAACAUUUUAUUACACACAACAAAAAUCCAAAAUACUUCAAAUGCGUUGGUAUUUAAAAACUCAUGGAGAGGUGGUGAUUUGAAAAAACUUUUAGGCAAAAUUUAAAUGAACUGGGUAUUUCUUUUAAAAACUCUAGAAUCAGAUGGUCUUAAUGUCGAUUUUGAUCUUUUUAAUUUUCUUUAAUAAUCUUAAUCUUUUUUCAUAAUAAUUGGACCAUAUGUAUGUCAUUUUAUUUUAUUUUACUGUUUUCUUGUUUUAUUUGAAUAUAGGGUGCAAAAAAACUCAUUCUAUAAAUGUGCUUUCUUUUUUAAUAUACACUGCUCAAAAAAAUAAAGGGAACACUUAACACAAUUGAUCUUUUGGAUCAACAGCAAGAAACAAAUGUGAGGAAGGCUGAACUUGAUGGACGCAAGUCUCUUUUCAGCUAUGUAACAAUGUGACUCCUAGUCAAUCACACUUCUGUGAAAUCAAACUGUCCACUUAGGAAGCAACACUGAGUGACAAUCAAUUUCAUAUGCUGUUGUGCAAAUGGGACAGACAACAGGUGGAAAUUAUAGGCAAUUAGCAAGACACCCCCAAUAAAGGAGUGGUUCUGCAGGUGGUGACCACAGACCACUUCUCAGUUCCUAUGCUUCCUGGCUGAUGUUUUGGUCACUUUUGAAUGCUGGCGGUGCUUUCACUCUAGUGGUAGCAUGAGACGGAGUCUACAACCCACACAAGUGACUCAGGUAGUGCAGCUCAUCCAGGAUGGCACAUCAAUGCGAGCUGUGGCAAGAAGGUUUGCUGUGUCUGUCAGUGUAGUGUCCAGAGCAUGGAGGCGCUACCAGGAGACAGGCCAGUACAUCAGGAGACGUGGAGGAGGUCGUAGGAGGGCAACAACCCAGCAGCAGGACCGCUAUCUCCGCCUUUGUGCAAGGAGGAGCACUGCCAGAGCCCUGCAAAAUGACCUCCAGCAGGCAUGUGUCUGCUCAAACGGUCAGAAACAGACUCCAUGAGGGCCCGACGUCCACAGGUGGGGGUUGUGCUUACAGCCCAACACCGUGCAGUACGUUUGGCAUUUGCCAGAGAAUACCAAGAUUGUCAAAUUCGCCACUGGCGCCCUGUGCUCUUCACAGAUGAAAGCAGGUUCACACUGAGCACAUGUGACACACACUACUGAGCCUCAUUUGGACUAGUUUUAAGGACAUUACAUCAAAGUUGGAUCAGCCUGUAGUGUGUUUUUCCAGUUUAAUUUUGUGUGACUCCAAAUCCAGACCUCCAAUAUGAGUUUUUAAAACAGUAAAACUUAUCACGACGAUGAAAUCACAAGUAAAAGUGCAGUUUUUGUGUAACAAAAUGCAAAAAGAAAAUUCGGUCUAAUCUUACUUCCUUUGUCACCCUUGUUAUUCUCUACCACAUAUUUAUCUGUUCUGUCUUACGGUUUCUUGCUAUACAGGUAUAUAUGAAUUUUUCACUUUAUUUUCCAUCAUCAAUUAAGCAAUUAUAAUGUCAUUUUGGCCCCAUUUUAAAAACACACCAGCUGUUUCACUCCCUUUUUAAACCCAGACUUGCCGGGUUAUGUUCUCUGCAUUUCCACCUGAAAAGGCCUGCUGGCAAAAUGCGUUGUGGACAUUUUAAACUGUAUUUUAAUCAUUUUGGUCACUUCCUCACUGAGAGCUGACAUUUAACUUUAAAAAAAAUAUUAUAUCAUUUUUAAUUUCACUUUAUUUUACCUGGCUUCUGAGUUUUAUCCUGUUCCAGUGAGACAUUACCUCAAAGAAUCCUAGGUGGGGAUUAUACCACUCAAGCCCCAUACACUGAGCAGUCCGCCUGCUCGUGUAAAUGUGAGUAAGCACUUUAUAUUUUAUUUUCUGCUUUCUUGAUUUUAAAUAGAGAACACUGUUGCUGUUCCUUUUUAUUUCAUAUGACCUUCCCUCAGAGAAGACAUCACAUCAAAUUACGGAGCUGUUAUCCCAUAUUCUACAUUUUCGUUGGCUGGUGCGCUGCCCAAUAAUCCAUUGUUUUAUCUGUACCAAUACAUUGAGCGCUGACCCAUCUCUACCCGUUUUUUCCUUUGAUAAAUCUAUAAAUAGCAUGACUGGUAACUGAAGAUCACUUUCUCCUUCCAAUGUGGUGUCCUCAUCUGGCAAACUGAAUUGGGCAAGCCCUAUAUUGACCCUUAACUUUCCAAAACCCCAUAAAACCUGUACAUGGGGGUAUUGUUAUACUCUGGAGACUUUGCUCAACACAAAUGUGAGUUUUUAAAACAGUAAAACUUAUCACGACGAUGAAAUCACAAGUAAAAGUGCCGUUUUUGUGUAACAAAAUGCAAAUAUGAACUUUAGCUUUGGCAAGUGUUGGCUACUACAAAAGACUGGACAUACCCCAUUUUCAAUACAAUGGGCUGUCUACUUUUUCAAAUGAUAUGUCAUGGUGGGGUUAAUUUUCAUUUCUGGGAUGCCAUACCGUCUCAAUUGCAACAUAGCCAAUCUGGCAAAUCGCAAUUUACAAAAACAGAAAUUGGCAAAUCUUAUGUUUGAGCCUGUAACCUUUCAAAUCUCCAUAAAACCUGUGCUUGAGGGGUACUGUUGCACUUGUGAAACACAAAUAUGAGUAUUUUAGAGCAGUAAAAUGUAUUUCAGACAUUCUUUACUUACCGACCGGGUUCCGUUCCUACGACCCAGUCGUAGAACGAAUUGGUUGGUGAGAAGUUAAGGGAUUCCCCGCGCUUUUCUAUGUUCGGGGUAAACUUCCUCGAGCAUAGACAUGCGCACCAGAGCAGGGAAUCCCCACGACGGCUCGCGCUUACACCUGGUCACUAAAUGAGGACCACCUGAAUACUGAUAUCUGUGAAAUGGCGGUUUGUGUGAAAAAUGCAAAAAAAAAAAUGCUAAUUUUGGUCAGGGUUUGUGACAAAGUGGCUACUAAAAAAAGACUGGACAUACCCCAUUUUGAAUAUUGUGGGUUGUCUACUUUAACAAAUGGUAAGCAAUGAUGGGGUUCAUUUUCUUUCCUGGACUGCUAUACGGUCUCAAAGGCAACAUUGGCCCAGCAAACCAAUCUAGCAAAUUUCAAUGUGCAAAAACCUAUAAAACCUGUACCUUGGGGGCAUUGUUGUAAUCAGAAGAUGUUGCUGAACACAUAUUUGGGUGUUCUUUGUCAGUAACACAUAACAGGAACUGGGAAUCCAUGCUUAAAGUACAUUGUGAGAGAAAAAUAACACACAAAAAUGACAACCCAAAAGGUUGACAAAGACUGGUGGUAGAAUUGAUGGGAUAGUCCCACUUGAGCAUAGUGUGGCACCGCGUUGGUCUGGGCCUGUGGCGUAGAGGCUUUUGCUGGGUUAUUCGCCGUCCAAGCCACGCCAUUGACUUGUUCAGGAGCUGCGGGCUGCUGUAUUGUUGCACGUACGGUUAUAGUCGGUGGAGCCUCUUCAUCCGUGCCCCCAUGAGGAUUAAGUUUAGGAUGGCGUCCGCCAUGAUAUUCCUUUCUGGUCCGGCAGUGCAAGUAUGUCACUGUUGGAGUUAUUGCUGGGUCACUGGCUUUAGUUGCCGGGAUAUCCCUCACGGGGGUGGGGGGAUCUACCAGUUUUGGUCGAGGGACCUGUUGCUUGUUUCCGCAGUUGUAGACAUCUGGGUCUUGUGAACCGGUAAGAUUUGAGGCUUUUGCUGUAGUUGUGGCGGAAUAUGAGUAUUUUAGCAUGAAGCUCACACGAAGUGCGACCGCUCGGCAUAGCAGCCCGUUCUCCACGGCGUCUCCAGACUCUCCCGUCCUAUUUUGUUUUUAAAUUUUGCGUAGAUUGGUGGUAAAAUGGUUGCAUGAAAAGAGUCAAAAUACCCCAAGUUUAAUACCUUGGGUUGUCUUCUUUUAAAAGAAAUAUAUACAUGUAAAGGGUUAUUCAGGGAUUCCUGACAGAUAUCAGUGUUACAAUGUAACUUCUUUUAAUUUUUAAAGAAAAAUGGUUUGGAAAUGUCAAAGUGCUACUUGUACUUUAUUGCCCUAUAACUUGCACACAAAAAAAGCUAAGAACAUGUUAACAUUGGGUACUUCUAAACUCAGGACAAAGGCAUGGAUGUGUUUUGGCAGUUGUAGAUGCAUGACAGAUUUUGGGGGUCAAAGUUAGAAGUGUUUUUUUAAAUGUUUUCAUCAUAUUUUAUUUAUUUUUUUUAUAGUAAAUUAUAUGAUAUGAUGAAAAUAAUGGUAUCUUUAUAAAGACCAUUUAAUGGCGAGAAAAACUGUAUAUAAUAUGUGUGGGUACAGCAAAUGAGUAAGAGGAAAAUUACAGCUGAACACAAACAUCGCAGAAAUUUAAAUAAAAAAGCGAUCUGGUCACUGAGGGGUUAAAUGACCUGCAGCAGUGCAGUUACCACCUUCGAGCAUUGGUUGGGCUACGCUUUGUGGAUAAAAAUUUUUAGAAAGUAAACUCUGCAGCGGAUGAUGAAUUUUGUAAAGUUCUGUAUUAUCUAGCCUCACCUUGGCCAGGUAAUCACAACAAGUAUGAUUUAACACUAGGUUUCCAUUCCUUUAAACAAGAUUUUUAUUUUUCCCCACAGGGCGUCAGUUGUUGAGGUUCCAGGAGGAUCUCAUAUCCUCCGCAGUUGCUGAAUUGAAUUAUGGUCUGUGUCUCAUGACAAAAGAGUCUCGAAAUUCAGAAGGGGAGCCAUAUGAUGCAGACAUUCUAUAUUAUGUAUUCCUUUGUAUUCAAAAGGUGAGUAGUAACUGUAACAUUCUGUCUUGUGGCCAAAGUUGUUAGUGUCAUAUUUUUUUCCAAGAUUGUUUUUCAACAAUUCUUGAAUAUCCAAAUAAUAUCUAGUUACCAACUGUUACCAUGCCAGUUUGUAGGGUAAGAAGUGGGAGUUGUUGGCUUAGUAGCAUGAAAAUUAUCUGAAAGAGAUUAGUAAUAGUGAAAACCUAAUCAUGAGAAAAUUGUCUCAAAGGGACACUAUAAAACAAAACCGCUUUAGCGUAAGGAACCAGUCUCACUGCUCAAUUCUAUAUUUAGGAGUUCAAUCACUUUGUUUAUGCAGCCCUAAUCACACCUUUCGGCAUACAACUUACACAGCCUUCCUGUAAAGAGUCAUCUAAUGUUUACACUUCCUUUAAUGUACAAUGUGUUUAAUUUAGAAUGUAUUAUCUCCUGCUCUGUUAAUAGCUUGCUAGACCCUGCAGGAGCCUUCUGUAUGUAAUUAAAGUUCAAUUUACAAAGCAGGAGAUACAAUCUUUUAAAGCAAGUUACAUCUGAUUGAAAAUCACCUUUAUUUCAUGCAGGCUGUGUCAGUCAAAGCCAGGGGAGAUCUGGCUAGGGCUGCAUGGACAGAAACAAGUGAUUUAACCUAAAUGGUAGUGAAUUGCGCAGUGAGACUUCAUAGAUCAUGCCUCUGAACAAAAACUGCUUCAUUAAGCUGAAGUUGUUUUUGUAACUAUAGUAUCCCUUUUUUUUGUGCUUCAAAGGAACGAACAGUCUUACACUGCCCCAACAGCAGUAGCCAGAGAAUUAUUAUACACAGUUAAACAGUAAAGGGCAUUCGAUAAUACAGCACAUUUUUUUUUAGACGUAAUAAUUUUUGUGUGCAUAGUAGUACAUAUAGGCUGACACACAUUUUGUCAGAUGAUUACAAGAGUGAACGUGAGCGUUGUAGCUAAAAGUGUCAUAAGAGAAACACUGCACUUUUUAUGAUAUAACUUAACAGAAGGCUAGACUAAAUGAUUGCGUCUAGACUUUGGUUACUUGCUAUUGCUCAUAAUCGAUAAACACAAUCUGAGUAUGAAUCUACAUGCAAAUUAUGAACCUGCUUAAACCACUAGAACUCUGCUUAGUAUCUAUUUGGCUUUAGCGUUGGCUAUGAGUUACUUAAAUAGAAGGAAAAAAAACAGGUCAUCAUAAACAGAGAGGUGUGACAGCUACAAAGAGAUAAGGCCUCAACUAGUCGCCUGGUAGGUUACAUGAAGUGCCAUUAGGUCUUGGGCAGCUUCUCUGGUGCCAGAAUCAACCUAUCCCUGCAAGUGGCAUAGUGGGCAGGAAUGUCCAGGUGAGUAGCUGUGAGCCGCGCCAGGUCUGGGGUGCCCGCUUGCUCCGGCAGUGGCAGCAACAGGGAGGCUGGCUGCCUCUCUUCGUCCGCUUUUGCGGGUAGGCCGCAGUCGUUGCGAUGGGUUUAGAACGCCCGUACCACGACGGGGAGCUGUAGCUGGUUGUCUCCAUUAUGAUAAGUGCUGGUUUCCUCUUGAAAACAGUCGGUAUAUAUAGCGUUUAGGUGCAGAACUGGAGACUGCCUUAAUCGUUAAUAGUAGUAUCUCCUAUAGAAUCAACCAAGAGACGUAACUGGGAAUUUAUGUUGAAACCUUUCUAAAGUCUCCUUGGCUAAAAAUGACAACUCCCCUUCCUUUCCAGUGCUUAGGCAAAGUUCUUCCUCAGUCUAAUCCUCCUCUGUGGACAUCCUUCCACUUUGCUGAAGGGGGAGUGAUGUCGGGAAGCACGGGAGGGGGGUUGUCCUUUGGAUGUAUUUUUGCCAGCAUGUCCUUUGGCUGUAUUUUGCCAGCAUACUGUUUGUGCGCUGUCGACAGAUGCCGAGUAUUCACAGACGCCCAGUGAUGCUUCCGGAGGUGAAGUUACACUUCAGGCAGCAGUAUGUCCAGUGUUUCAUAGUGAAUCAGGGCACAUGUAGACUCCAGGCACUUAAAAUCAGUGAACCUAUAGUCAAUUUAAAAAAAUGGCUAAAUAAAAUAAAUUCCAUGAAUACUUGAGCAUGAACACGAGGAUCGUCACAUGAUAUUUGGCACUCAAAUUUUGAACACACAGACAAUCCUCCCAUUUGUGCCUUCUCUGUUUAAUUUAGUGUCUCUCGUCUCCUUUCUUCCUUAUGACUUUGUGGUGUUUAUAGUUGGGUUAGGAGUUGUCUCAUUAAUCCUCCUAUCUGUUUUAGUACCUUUUUGAAAAUGGACGAGUGGAUGACAUAUUUUCAGAUACUUAUUACAGCAAGUUUGCAGAGUACCUUCAUGAUGUUCUCAAGAGCUUUCAACCACGUGUCACAACUCUUGGUAAGCAUACAAAGGAGAAAAUCACUCUCUAUAAACCUCAGAACAUUUUUUUAAAACUGGGAACACAAAGGAAAUACAGAUUGAAAUAACCAGAGAAAAGUGUAACAUGAAUGCUUGUUUAACCAUGCAUGUAGUGCGCCAGGCAAGAAUUCCAUGCCAUUUCAGCCCAAAUUAGAGCUCUUCAGUAAGUAUGGACAGACCUGCUUAACUGCCUUGUCAUGUAUGUACAGUAAGAUGCCAUGUUCCCCCUUUCUGUUUUUGGCAUAUGAGCAGUGACACUUUAGUCCCCUCCCAGUCUCAAUGAUUACUGUCCCGUAUACAUACAUGUAGUAUGAAGGUUAUGUCGCAGGUGACAGGAAAGCAGCAACUGCCGCUAGGUUGAUGGGCGAGAACAGCCCGAUGCCUUUAAGUAGGAGAGAAAGUUUGGGAGAUCUUCUGCCUCCUCUUUAUGUGCCACUCUAGGCUUCGGACUAGUGAACCUAUCUGUAAAUAUGCCUUUGGUCACUGGCAUAACUCCUGUUUUGUAAUCAUGCAUGAAAAGGAACAGUCGUUAAAAUUAUCUGUUCAAAUCUCUUGUCCUAUUUGGUGCAGAUCUGAUUUUAAAGCUUACAAGCCGCUCUUAAAGAGCAAAUGAUUUUGAGGCAUAGAUCCUGCCACACUGAGAAUCAGCACUAUUUAUUUACAUUUUGACAAUUUUCAUGCCUGUAGUGGCUGUCACACAGAAAUGGAUUCAGCCACUGAGUCAUUCAGGCAUAUGUCUUUUGUUGCUAACUAUUCUUCAACAAGAAGUGCAGAUCACCCUGUUCUUUGUUCCACUGUUCACCUAAUUAGCUUUGUAACUUUUCGUUUAAGGUUAUGUCAUGCCAAGCCAUGUGACAGAAGAGAUGCUCUGGGAAUGCAAGCAGCUGGGAGCACACUCCCCAGCAACACUACUCACUACUCUUAUGUUUUUUAAUACAAAGUAAGUUUUGCAAAAAUAGACAAUAAAUGGCUAUGGUUAUAGUUAAGAUUCGCUACCCUUUCCUGCUUUAUUAAAAUAUCCUGAUUUUUAAAUGGGUAACUAGCUGUCUUUCUUGAAGACUGAAUGCUUUCUUUCCAACAGGUAUUUUUUGUUAAAAACUGUUGACCAGCAUAUGAAACUAGCAUUCUCAAAGGUACUAAGGCAAACUAAGAAAAACCCUUCUAAUCCAAAGGAUAAGAGCACGAGUAUUCGAUAUCUUAAAGCACUUGGCAUUCAUCAAGCUGGACAGCAGAAAGGUAAUGCCCUGUUAUAAUUUGCACAGAUCGUACAUACUUUAAAAGCUAACCCAGUCACUUAAUUGUUAUAAACAUUUCUUUAAAAAAAUAAAAAAAAUAAAAUUUUAAAUUACAACAAUAAAGAUUUUUAUCUAAUCAAGCCAUAAAUUAUAUACAUUUUUUUUUUCUCUGCAUUUCUGUAAACUAACAGCUCCUCAGCUGCCAGUCUUUUCACUUACUCUUCACCAGUGGCGGCUCUAGACUUUGUGAGGCCUUAGGCCAGGGGUUCUCAACCCAGUCAUCAGGACCCCCUACCAGUCUAGGAUUUAGGGAUUACCUGGGUGUGUCUAAGGUGUUUAGAAAAAGAAUUAAACCUUAGAGUCUAAGGUGUGUUUUUUUUUUUCUUUUUCUAAACACUUUAGACACACCCAGGUAAUCCCUAAAUCCUGGACUGGUAGGGGGUCCUUGAGGACUAGGUUGAGAACCUCUGCCUUAGGCAAAACUCAAGCAGGACCCCCCCUACUAACAACCAAAGUGGGGGAGGGGGUUCGGGGUUGCAUUGUGUGUAUAAUAUGCUGUAGUUGUAUUGAAGGACAAACUUGCAAAGCUGGAUACAGAGAGGUGGUCUCUGUAUUCAUUGUUAAGAUGCUUGCAGUGUCGCGGCUCCCUGUGCCCCUGCGUUGUGAGCUCUCCGACUGUAGUUAUGGCAUAAUUUGCAUACUAAAUUAAUUUGCAAUACAGAAAUUUAAAUGGCAGUUAUGCUAAUCAUUUAUACACUGCUGCGGGAUAUGGUUACAUAGCUUGGCAGUCGUGUAUACAUUAGUGCCGGUAUGUGUAUUUCUGAGUGUGUCUGACAUUGUCUGCCUGUGCAUGUGCCUGAAAGUGUGUGUCUGACUGAGUAUCCUUGUGUGUGAAUGUAUGUCUUUAUGAGCAUGUGUCUGGGACCGCAUGUGUGUGGGGUAGCUGUUUACAGUGUGUUGUGUUUAUGGGGGCUGUCUGACCUUUGUGCAUGUAUGUUUGACUCUGACAAGGUGAGUAAAGGGGUAACUGGCAGGGUGAGGGGGGUAUAUGAGACAGGGUUGGGGGCUGAGUGUGACAGAAUGAAGGAGGGUGAGGAUGAUAUGGUUGGAGGACGGAGUGUGACAGGGCAAGGGGAAGUGUGACAGAAUUGGAGAAGGUAAUGUGACAGGCUGCAUGUGGCAUUGGUGGAGCGUGUAUCACAGGGCUGGGGUGAAUGUGCCGUGUUUGGAGGAGGCAGUGUAAAAGAAUGAGGGGAGGUGACUGUGACAAGAUUUAGGGGGUUAAUGCGGCAGUAUUAAACUAAUGUUAGAGUGUGGCAGGGUUGGGGGUGAGAGUGCUACAGGCUUUGGGGUGAGUGUGGCACAGUUGGAGGACAGAAUUGAUGUGUUUAUGUGGUAGGGUGAGUGUGGCAGGGUGAAGGGGGUGAAUGUGACAGUGCAAGAGAAGGUUGAUAGAGGUGGGGUGGAUUGGCUGUGACAGGAUAGAGGUGGGGUAGAUUGGCUGUGACAGGAUAGAGGUGCGGUGGAUUGGCUGUGACGGGAUAGAGGCGGGGUGGAUUGGCUGGGACGGGAUAGAGGCGGGGUGGAUUGGCUGGGACUGGAUAGAGGCGGGGUGGAUUGGCUGGGACUGGAUAGAGGCGGGGUGGAUUGGCUGGGACUGGAUAGA